CGCGGGAGCAUAAGCUACUAAUUCCUGGAAACCGGCAAUCUAUACUUCUAUCCUGACCACAGUACAUGCGACAUCAAUAACUGCGCUCGUCGCACAUCCAUUGCGCCCACAGGCCAACGAAAACCCGCACCGCCGCAGCAAUGUCGGGUACUCCCAUCCAAAACUCCCAUGUCUGGGCAACAGAUGUGCCAAACCGCUCUCCAGCUUUCGUGAUCGUAUCAAUAGUCUUCAUCUGCGUGACGACCGGCUUCUUCGCCUUCCGGCAAGGCUGGCGCUGGGCUCACCGGCAGCGCGGAUGGGACGAUGCCAUGGCCGCCUGCGCCUAUAUCGUCCUCCUCAUUGAAACCGUGCUCGGCGGCGUUUCGGCCCACUACGGAUUCGGAAAGCACCUCAAAAACAUCAAGGCGACGUACAUGGAUGCACUGUUUUACUUCUACCUUUACCAGAUCUUUUACAAACUCCUCGGCGGCUUCACCAAGCUCACCUUCUGCUUCCUCUACCUGCGCAUCUUCAAUCAGAAGAGCUUCCACUGGCUGGUAAUAACCGUAGCCGCCAUUUCCGGCGCUGGAUCGAUCGCAUUCGCCCUGGGUACCGUUUUCCAGUGCACUCCAGUCAACCGCGCGUGGGACAGGACGAUACCUGGACACUGUACCAGCAACACCGAGUUCUGGUACACUCACGCGGCCUUCAACAUCCUGUUCGAUAUAGUGAUAUUUAUCCUACCAAUUCCGCUCAUUCAGGGCCUCAAGAUGGCUCGCGGUCAGAAGACUGGAUUGAUCUCCAUUUUCUGUCUUGGUGCCUUCGUCAUUGCGGCCGCCACGGUUCGCAUGGUCAUGCUGCGCGCCAGUGCCGGCAGCACCGACCCGACAUGGGGCUCAACCAUCGCUUUGAUCUGGACCGAGAUCGAAGCCAACACUUCGGUCAUUGUGUGCUGUCUACCCGCCCUGCGCGUUCCAUUCUUGCGUUUGUGGCAGAGGGCGCGAGGCCAGCAUACUGGUGACUCUCUCGAACUCAGCGACAAGCCGAACACGCACAUCUACGACGACGCCUGGGACCGCACGCGCAAGCACCACAACGGCGCUGUCGCUACCCGCGGCCUGACGAAGCCGCAAAACAGCUACAAGACGAAGGAGUUGCACAGCCAAAACCAGUCUGACUCCACCGAGACCCAAUCCAACAACAAGAGCGAGGGCUGGUAUGACCGUGUCCUCCGAGGCUUGGAGAAGGAUCACAAAGACAGUGACAACUCCAGCCAAGACGGACUUGUUCACAGCGGCGCCGGCAGCGCGGCGCCAACGCCGUUCGGAGGCAUCUUCAAGACCACCGAGAUGCGUGUGAGCACGCAGGAUGUGGACGGACAGGAGUCCCGCCGUUCGGACCCCGAGGACCGGCGGCAAGUGAGCUUAAAGGACGUGUUGAACGAGCGAUGAGUGGGUUACAUUACAGAUACCAAUUGUGCCAUGUACAGUAACGCUUGCGGAUCUUGCGACUAGAGGAGGCUUGGAUUGAGAGGCGUCUGGCGCUAAUUGGCGCAGCCAGCUGCGGUUGGUGGACGAGCAUGUUUCUACGAUCUCCAGGGUUAUGU